UCAGAAUCACAAAUAUUAAUUAACAGAGUUUAUCUCGCACAAAAGAAAUACAGCCUCAUCAUAAAUAGCGAGCAAUUUCAUCCAGAUAUAGAAGAAAUAAAAAUGGCUGCUAAAUAUUUUAGUAGUGGUAAUAAUACUGCUCGUUACGAAAUAGUUCAAAAUCUUACACAGAGAAUACAAAACGGAGAAAAGAUGAGUCCUAUUGCACAAAUAAUGGCUUCUAUUAUAUUUUCAGAUCAAAAGGACUAUAAAUCUGGCUUAAUGUCAAUUUCCACUGAAGAAAAUAACUUAGAGUGCCUUUCUAUGAGAAUACAACUUCUUUUGGCUCUCAACAGACCUGAUUUAGCAAAAAAUCAGCUCAAAAAUAUAAUGAUGUUAGACGAAGACUCGGUUAUUUCUCAAUUAGCCUCAAUUCAAUAUAAUUUAUACUCAAAUUCCUUAAAGGGGACAAACGAUGCUUUUGAGGCUUGUAAAGAACUGAUUGACCGUUUUGGAGCAUCAUCGGUUCUUUUGAACAGUCAAGCCGUGGCCUUGAUUUCACAAAAUCGACUUGACGAGGCAUAUUCUUUACUUUUGGAGGCAUUUAGACUAGAUAGUUCAGAUGGGACUGUUUUGGCCAACAUUAUAGCAAUAGUAGACAGGAUUGGUGGUUCAGAGGAGGUUAAUUUGUAUUGA